AAACUACACGUGGAAGCAAUCAGUGGACAAUGCGAAAAACGCGCCACCGGCAAUGCAGCUAUUGCCGAAUGGAAACUAAAUGACUCAAAAGCAAAAGCCGAUUUGAUUUUACUUAUUUCAACUUCUGAAUUAAAACUAAUAAAGAAUUGUGAAACAUCAAAACAACUUUGGAGCAAGUUAGAAAAUGUUUUUCAAUCUAAAGGGCCUGAAAGAAAAGCAACGUUGCUAAAGUCAUUAAUUUUGCCGAAAAUGCACAACGAUGAAGACAUAUACGACCAUGUUAAGAAAUUUUUUGACAUUUUAGACAAAAUUCACGAAAUGGAUAUGAAGAUCGACGACGAUUUAGUAACUAUUCUGUUAUUGUACAGCGUGCCUGAUGAUUACGAACAGUUUAGAAUAGCAAUAGAAACACAGGACAAAUUACCUGAUCCAAAAACACUGAAAAUCAAAAUGAUCGAUGAAUUUGAAGCAAGAAAACGCAACAGCAGUGAAGAAGAAUUAUUUGCGAAGAAAAGCAAUAAAAAUUGA